AUGCUAAGGCGUGAUCCUACAGUUUUAUCCUUGACUUCCGAUGAUAUUUCCGAGCUACAAGAACAUUUAGAAGAGUACAAGCUCCAACGCGAGAUACAGACGCAACAUCAAGAUCUUUUGAAAUCAUCUGCAAAAAUGAGUAGAUUAGCAGAGAUAGAAGGCAUUUCUAACCCAAGUGCGACACGGAAUGAUAUUUUAUCACACUCAUUGCAUAAGAUGACGCCACCUCAGCGAUAUAAACAGUCUGCAUCAUCAGAUCCUCGAUUCAUUGAACAAAAUAGUACACAGAGUACACAGGAUCCUCCAAAUCCCUUUUACACGUACAAUCACAAUGAUAACUGA